AUGACUACAGUGGAGGGUUACAGGCAUCACGACAGGGAGCAGUUGAAGAUGCGAAGAGAACAAUAUAUAAAGAAGGAAUCUGGAACUGAUGAGGGACGAAAUAAGAAAACAAAUUGGCGCCAUUUUUUCAUCGUUUGCUCGGUACUCAUCUCUGCAUAUCUCAUUAACGGUGAACAUGCUCAGACAGUAUGCAAUAUAUGCACCACCGUACCAGCUGCUAUCUUUACUUAUGGACAACUUUCUGACCACGCAACUCGAAUCUUCGCUUAUCACGAUGCCGCCAAAAGCCUUAUGGAGCAACAACAACGCCGUAACUCAAUGGUUAAUUCGAUAAUUAGCUCCAAUACACCUGUUCGUUUCCCAGGUUCACCUUACGGAUCACAAAUGGGUCUCAAUACCGCAAUGACAAUCACCGAUGCGACGCAGUUUUCUGUGGAAAGUCCCUUUAAAAGUUACGCAGCGUUACAUCAUAAUAGCCUGACAACGGCGUAUUCAAUGGCUCGUAGUCCAGAGAUGACCGCUUACUUAGAUACCUCUUACACUCAUGAUGGAUCUUUAAAAACCGUUGCUUCUACUGAAGAACAAUUCAAUUUUGGAAUACAGAAGCACCGACAAACUGCGCUAAGUGAUUCGUCAGUAAUGCCAGAUUCCGGAGAAGAAAAUGAUAAAUCAGAAAAUGAUGCUGUGAAAUCAAUUCCUGCUGGUGAUUGUCAGAAAGCUGAUACUGAGGCAGAUGGUUCACUGCACUCCAGCGAAUAUUCAACAUCCGCCACGGUAAAAGAAGAAGAGACUCUUAUUACUAACCCAUCUGAAUAUAUAAUAUUCAAGUAUCCUUUUACGGAAAUGGUGACAAUUUACGCAAAAAAUAAACACACUCGUCCGAUAAUGUGGGCUUUAAAGACUAAUGCAAUUAAGCGUAUGAUUGCACAGCCUACUUGUGGAACUCUGGCAAAAGACGCUACCGUACACAUUAAAAUUGGAGUUACUGCAAUACCACCUGAGGAAUCGAAUAUGAUUGAUCGACUUGCCAUUGAUUAUCGCCUAGUCGACGAUGACACAAUCAGUUUUGACCGCUCAUUUUUAUGCAAAACUGAAGAUCCAUUCCGCAGACGGAAAAAGUUCAAUAUUUAUUAUGAAAACUGACAGCAAAAUUGGUGCAUGCUUGAAGAGAAGAUCUAGCGC